AUGUCUUCUUUGCGCUGUCCAUUCGUCACAACUCCUUCGCCUUCCGGAAGGGCCAAUUUACAAAUUCACUCUUCCUCUUUUUUCAAAUCGGAGCGCAAAGUACGCGAAACUCCGUGUUGCUCUUUAUACCAUGUUCUGAGGUUGCACACCUCAGAACUUCACCGAAAAUCUUUGAAAGCUAUCGCUACGACAACCUCAGGACCGUGUCGAUUUGCCAGUUUUCCCGGUCUGUUUGACUCCCCUUGGCUCGCUGGUCCCUCUAUUGGUACAGAAAUACUAUUGUCUAUUAAUCAUAGUAGUUAA